AUGUAUUUUUAUUAAUAUUUAUUUCAUAAUGUAUUGAUUUUUCAAACUCUUUAAACAGGCUUGAUUUAUGUGAAUUAGAACUCAAUCGAAUUUGGUUAUGGCGUAUUGAUCAUCCAUUUAAAUUAGAUACCUAACAAGCAAAGUUUUUUCCUAUAAUAGUGUCAUAUAUCAUAAUUUUUUAUUCUGUUUUGUAUGAUUUUGGUGUUUGAGAUGAUGAGGUUGAUAUUUUUAAUCCUUUAAUUUUGGAAUAUUGGUUUUGAUGUUUCCUUGAGUAGAGAUAGGUAAUAAUUCUCUGAGGAAAAAGUGAAAGUUGAAAUUUCGGAAAAUUACUUCUAACUUUUGCUAUAAGAAUUUCAUCGUUGAUUUUAGUAUUUCGUUUUCUUUAUUAGAAGGAAUUACGACAGCUCACCUAAUUUUUAUUCAUAUAAAUGUUUAUUUGUUCAAUAUGUAACAAAGAAACUUUCAUUUGAAUAUAUAAAUUAAUUCAUAAGAUAAAGCUUUCCUUUAUGGAAAUAUUUAGAGGUCGAUUGUAACAGUUCAUAUUAUCAUCUCGCCCAACAUGAAUAUCAUAUCCAAAAAUAAUUGA